CAAAGUUCAGUAUAACUAGACAAAAAGCUACUUGGCAAAAACAGCUUUUUGAAAUAAAACAAGGAACAGACACAGUUGAUACUUACAUUAGCCACUUCAAACAACUUCAACUUCGAGUAGAUCCUAAUAAUAGUAUCCCUAGAGCCAUGUUGGUUCAAUUCUUUAUCCAAGGCCUAUAA